AAUUUCUGACAGUGAAGAGACUACUUCCGUCCACUUCUCCGUGGACAAGCUAGCUAACGAUGCUUUCGCAAGGAAACAGACAAACAGACGAUGUGGAGCAGGAUGCGGCCCCGCCUGGCGUGGAUAUGGAUGUUUCGGUUCUGCUGCUUGGAGCGGGGAUGACGGCCGCGUUACACCCACUGUUUUACGUGAAGUUGCUCAUACAGGUAGGACAUGAACCUCUUCCGCCAACCGUGGGCACUACUAUGUUCGGAAGAAAAGUUCUAUACCUGCCUGGCUUCUUCUCUUAUGCGCAGCACAUUGUUAAGGUGGAUGGAAAGAGGGGACUCUUUCGUGGUCUGUCACCACGUAUUGCUUCCAUUGCCAUCGCCACGGUAAUCAGGACCAAAGCUAAAAAGCAGACGGAGCUUGAACCCAACAAGGAGAACAAGCAAACCGCGCUUAGGAAAGUCAUGAAGGAGACCUCUCACGAGAUGUUCAUCCAGUGCUUGUCCAGAAUAGCCACGCAUCCAUUUCACGUUGUGUCAGUGCGUUGUAUGGCCCAGUUUGUUGGCAGAGAAGUCAAAUACGGUGGAAUUCUCAGUAGUAUCGGCAGGAUUUUUCAAGAAGAAGGAGUCGCUGGAUUCUACGUUGGUUUAAUGCCUCAUGUGCUGGGCGAGGUCCUCCUCUUGUGGUGUUGCAAUCUGCUGGCGCACUUUAUUAACACCUACGCCGUUGACGACAGUUUAAACCAGGCCUCGGCGGUGAGAAGUUACACAAAGUUUGUGAUGGGUUUCACAGUGAGCAUGCUGACAUAUCCCUUUAUGCUGGUGGCUGACAUUAUGGCGGUCAACAAUUGUGGUUUGACUGCAGGUCUUCCUCCGCACUCGCCCAUCUUCAUGUCCUGGCUGCACUGCUGGAAUUACCUCAGCCGCAGGGGACUCCUGUUCAGAGGAUCCAGCUUCUUCUCUCGCCGCGUGCCAGUCACCUCCAUCUGCGAGUGAUGUCAGCAUCGCCAUUAUCAUCAUCACCAUGAAUUGGACCGUCAUUAUUGGACGGUGGACGAAUGGCUGGCACAUAAGUCGCAGUUCUGAGCUCAGAGUUUGCAUGUUGUCCCUGUGCUUUCCUGGGUUUUCUCCAGGUAUUCCAGCUUCCUCCCACAUUCCCAAAACAUACUACAUGCUAGUAAGAAUAAGCAGGAGUCAUACACAAUGGAUAGAUGGUUGUUUCUGUUUUUUUACUUUUUUUAUUUUUAAUAUAUAUGUUCACGAGCCUCUUGUUCAUGUGUCAAUUUCAACUAGUUUAGUAAGACAGGCGUCCUUUGAGUCCAUCUGAUUCAAUUUGGUAAAAUGCUUAAGCGCUUAAAUGCUACCUCCACAGUCCUCAGGAAGCAAAAAAACUGUCCCUCGAGAACCGCCCCCAUUUUCCAUAUUUUGUAAAAGAACAAAUAUAAAAUGUGAUCAUUUACCUGAGUGACUUUGAACAAAAUGUGCUGAGCAUAUUGAACUAUUUGCCUGGUCUAACAACAUGACAGAAUUUCUUUUUAUCAGAGAUGAUUUUGUGAUUGCAAACAUUUUUGGCCCACAAAACUUGCAUGAUACGCUUGAUGAUUUUACCAUGCGCUAUAAUUUGUAGUGCUGAUGUUUCAGAAAGGAAAAAAAAAUCUUCCUAUUGCUAACUGUAACUCUUAAUUCAUAAUUAUUAAUAAAUAAAUUCCUGUAUUACUAUUAUUUUAAUAUGGAAACCUGAUGUACCAGCGAAGGAAAAUAAGAGCAGAUUCAGAACCAAAAAAUCUAGAAAAGUUCACUUGCAUCUCUGAUUUAAAAUUUAUUGACCAGUGUCGUUAUUUGUGCAUGUGAUGGGGUUAGGAUUUGAAAGGGUUGUGUGAGAUUGUUUAAUGUUCAGAUCAAAUGCCACACUUUGCCAAAAUAAAGGUGUAGUUUUGACAGUUGAUUCAGGAAUAAAAUAAAGAGCUCCUGACCAAAAGUCAAAGUUUCUAUUCCUCUUUGUUUCACCUUUUUUUCCCUCACAAAUGUAGAAAAUGUAGAACUUGAACAAUUCAUUGGUUCAUUCAGUGAAGACCUCUGCCAAGGUUAAAGUGUUGAAACUUUAAAUAACAUGUUUUGUGCACAUUAGAAUUUCGAGUUAAGUUCUACACUGUGUGUAAUGUAUUCAAUAAAAAUGUACCUAGAGUC